AUGUUCAACCCCACAGUUCUCCACUUGAUCAGCGGGACUGAUAUUGACCGACCGAUGAAUGCGCUCACCUUGACUCAUGACCUUCAUAGAUUGUUCGGCAAUUUUGAAGUUGCAUUUGAACCAGUCCAGAAUCAAGCACACACAUACAAGAUUGACUAUGUGAAGACCAAACGCAUCUGGCGAUCUUACAAACUUCCUAUUAUCCGCAAGCUCUACAUCACCCCCGACAGAAAUAUCGAGCCACCUUCUCCGGAACUUUUGGAAAUACAUCGUGCUAUCGGGCGCAUUCUUCAUCUUAGUGCCGCGGGUGAACAUAUCGAUCGAGUCAUUCAGGACAUGGAAAACUUGAAGGGGGGGCCAGUGUGCUCGGACGGGUCUUCUCGCAUUGGUGAAUACAUCAAUUAUAAACUUGCGUCUCAACUUGGCUGGACGCAUGUUUAUUAG